CAAAGAACUCUCAUUAAGAUUUGGUCAACAAUAGCCACCCUUUAAAAUGAUGGACAGUCCAUAGCCACCCUUUAAAAUGAUGGACGGUCCAGAGACACCUUUUAAAAUGAUGGACAAUCCCAAGGCACCCUUUCAAAAUUAUGGAGUCCCAAGGCACCCUUUAAAAUGAUGGACUGUUCUGAGACACCCUUUAAAAUGAUGGACGGUCCCAAGACACCCUUUAAAAUGAUGGACAAUUCCGAGCACCCUUUAAAAUGAUGGACAGUCCGGAGAAACCCUUUAAAAUGAUGGACAGUCCAAAGCCACCCUUUAAAAUGAUGGAUGGCCCCGAGACACCCUUUAAAAUGAUGGACAGUUCCGAGCACCCUCUAAAAUUAUGGACAGUCGCAAGGCACCCUUUAAAAUUAUGGACAGUCCCGAGGCACCCUUUAAAA